AUAAGUUACCUUUCGAAACUAGCCUACCUUGAUCUUUCUUACAAUAAUUUUUCUGGAUAUAUCCCACCAGAAAUAGGUUCCGCUACAAGUUUGCGCGGACUAGACAUUGGUUAUAAUCAAAUUAUUGGUUCAGUUCCUACUUCUUUGUGUAAUCUGAGCAACCUGACCUAUCUACUCUUAUAUGAAAAUCAACUUUCUGCAGACUAACGUCUCUUGCAGACUUGGCACUACAGAAAAACAAUCUCGUCGGUCCGAUCCCUACUUCUUUAUGUCAUUCUACAUUUGGAACCUUAUCUUCCUUGAAAUAUCUCGACAUGUCAGAUAAUAAGCUCAUCGGACCGAUACCCAGACAACUCGGAUACAUUCCAUCUCAGAUUGGAAACUUGGAUUCAUUACAGUAUAAAUUGGAUCUCAGUCAAAAUGAGCUUGCAGGGGAGAUACCAUCCGAUCUUGGAAAAUUAAACAAAUUGGUAGAGCUAAAUCUAUCUCACAACAAGCUUUCGGGUUCAGUUCCGAACUCUUUUAGUGAAAUGCUUAGCUUGACCGUUGUUGAUAUUUCGUAUAACGAAUUAAGCGGUCCUAUUCCAAACAUCAAGGCUUUUACGGAUGCUUCAAUUGAUGCAUUGAGGAGCAAUCGAGGUUUAUGUGGUAAUCACUCUGGUGGUCUGAGACCAUGUAAUUCCUCGGUUACGAAUGCAAUACAGGAGGCCAACUCUGACAAACUUGCAGGCGUAAAAAUUCUAGUUCCAUUGUUCGGUUUAUUGUUCAUUUUUUUUGUAGUUCUUGCUUUUCUUUUUCGGUUCCGAAAAAGAUUAGGUAGAAAUGUUGAACAUCAAGAUGAAUCUAAAGCUACGAAUACUGGGAUAAAUCUAUUCUCGAUAUGGAAUUAUGAUGGGAAACUAGUGUUUGAAGAUAUACUUGAUGCAACAGAGAAUUUUGAUACCAAAUAUUGCAUUGGGACGGGAGGGUAUGGGAGUGUUUACAAGGCAGAGUUAUCGACAGGUCAGGUUGUUGCUGUGAAGAAACUUCACUUGUCAGGUGAAGAUUCUGAAAUAGUCGAUCUCAAGAACAAGGAAUUUCAUUCUUGGUGUACGAGUUUAUAG